AUGGACGCCAUCGUGGGGAAACAGGUGGCGUCGGCGACAAGCUUUCCGAGUGCCCACUCUUUCGCCUUCCCCCCCCCCCAACUUGGAGAGAAGGAACCGAGUCCUCGCAAGCUCGGUGGACAACUGCCGAGCUUCAACAGCGAUGUCCACCUCGCAGAACCAUCGGUUCAAGUGAAGGCGACCAUCGCCUUCACCGGUGUAGGUGGAGACGUCAAGCUUGACGAUGUCGGUCUUGUCCUUGGGCAGCGUGGAAGUCGACACUCGCUAACGGAGGUCAGCGAGCUCACGCGCCAUGAACUCCUGGGCGGUCAGGCGUUGUUGUUCCUCUGUGCCGGCCGUAAGCAGAGUCUGGAUGACAGCAUCGCCGGAUGCAGCAGCGAGCCGGUGCAACCAAUUGAGGACAGGUGGGGGAAGCUUGCGUGUUCUAGUGACGUGUUGGUCACCCUGGACGCGUCGCUCAUCGACGUGUCAUUCAUCUUGAUCUUGGGCGUUGGACGGAUUACGAAGUACUACCAGGUGUAA